ACCCACAUAUUUCUGUAAACCACCUUGCGCACGAAGUAUGGCGGCCCCGGCCACACAGCCACCACUCGGCCGAAGUUUACCGCUCCGACUUCCCCGCGAGCGCCAUGAGUAAGUGCGCGGGCCGAGGGGUCGCAAACGAAGAGCUCGGCGCCCGUGAGCGGCGGAGCGGACCCGCGGGGCGAGACGUGGCGCCGUCGCCGGCGGAGGUUCCUCGACUUCUCCUUCGCCUCCCCGACUGAAGUGCCUCUGGUCCGGGUACCACAGGGGAAGAGGCUCCGCAAGACGAGACGAGUGGACGCGGAAGUUUGAAACUAACUGAUUCUGUGCGGCUUGGCGGCGGCGGCGGCGGCGGUGGGGGAGAGAAGCCGAGUUGCCAAAGUAUUAGAACCGUGGAAUGUUUUUGUUUGCGACGCAUUACAAGUGCACUUGUCCGACUUUUGAACACCAGCGUGUUCUCCGGAGGGACCGCGGCGGGCGGCCAACUGUUGACUGCUCGCUGCGCGUUUAGAGGCUCCGGCGCUGCCUCACCAUCGGCUAACGUCGGCUAGCCUCCAUGGCUACCUCCAGCGGCAGCAGCCCCCGGGUCGCCAGCGCACCCAGCGACACGAGUGGUUCCCUCGGACGUAUUUCCUUGAAAUGUCUUCAUUUGACCCGUGAAGCACUCAGGUUCCAUUAAUGCACGAUAAACAGAGACAUACCGGAGUAAUACGGAUCUGCAUCGGUGACCCACAUCACCCGUACCUCAGGAGAGGACAGACUGAGUCAGGGAAAGGGGCUCCCCUCCCCGCCCGGGGGGCCAACUGUUGGACGGUGAGCAACUGAGUCCGGCUUGGAGAGUCCCGGCUGUGGCCUGGCACUCUGCCCUUAUGGGGCAGCAGCCGGGGAAGUUUGUAGGGGACCAGAGGAGACCCAGUCUGCCGGCCUUCAUAAAGGGCGGGAGGAGAGAAUCGUCACGCCAUGGGACCCAGCCCUGUAAUGUCUUCACUGUUCACGAAGCUCUCCAAAGACCAGACUUUGAGGGCCAGGGUCUGACAGAAGCGGCCCGUUGGAACUCCAAAGAGAACCUGUUAGCUGGACCCAGCGAGAAUGACCCCAACCUGUUUGUGGCGCUCUACGACUUUGUGGCCAGUGGCGACAACACGCUCAGCAUUACCAAAGGAGAGAAGCUGCGUGUGCUGGGUUACAACCACAAUGGCGAGUGGUGCGAGGCGCAGACCAAGAAUGGCCAGGGCUGGGUGCCGUCCAACUACAUCACACCGGUCAACAGCCUGGAGAAGCACAGCUGGUACCACGGACCUGUGUCGCGCAACGCUGCAGAGUACCUGCUCAGCUCGGGCAUCAAUGGAAGCUUUCUGGUCCGCGAGAGCGAGAGCAGCCCCGGCCAAAGGUCUAUAUCGCUGCGGUACGAGGGGAGAGUCUACCAUUACAGGAUUAACACUGCGUCUGAUGGCAAGCUGUACGUCUCGUCUGAGAGCCGCUUCAACACACUGGCGGAGCUGGUGCACCACCACUCCACGGUGGCCGACGGCCUCAUCACCACGCUGCACUACCCGGCGCCGAAGCGCAACAAGCCCACGAUCUACGGCGUGUCGCCCAACUACGACAAGUGGGAGAUGGAGCGCACCGACAUCACCAUGAAGCACAAGCUGGGCGGGGGCCAGUACGGGGAGGUGUAUGAGGGCGUCUGGAAGAAGUACAACCUCACCGUGGCGGUCAAGACACUAAAGGAGGAUACGAUGGAGGUUGAGGAGUUCCUCAAGGAGGCCGCUGUUAUGAAAGAGAUCAAACACCCCAAUCUGGUGCAAUUGUUAGGCGUGUGCACACGGGAGCCGCCGUUCUACAUCAUCACAGAGUUCAUGACCCAUGGUAACUUGCUAGAUUACCUGCGGGAGUGCAACCGAGAGGAGGUCAACGCCGUGGUGCUGCUCCACAUGGCCACGCAGAUCUCCUCCGCCAUGGAGUACCUGGAGAAAAAAAACUUCAUACACAGAGACUUGGCUGCCCGCAACUGUCUGGUCGGGGAGAACCACCUGGUGAAGGUCGCAGACUUCGGCCUGAGCAGGUUAAUGACGGGAGACACUUACACGGCUCACGCCGGAGCCAAGUUCCCCAUCAAGUGGACCGCGCCGGAGAGUCUGGCCUACAACAAGUUCUCCAUUAAAUCUGACGUCUGGGCAUUCGGUGUGCUGCUGUGGGAGAUCGCCACCUACGGCAUGUCUCCUUACCCCGGCAUCGACCUGUCCCAGGUCUACGAGCUGCUGGAGAAAGACUACCGCAUGGACCGACCGGAGGGCUGCCCCGAGAAGGUCUACGAGCUCAUGAGAGCCUGUUGGAGGUGGAACCCUUCGGAGCGUCCUUCUUUUGCUGAAACGCACCAAGCCUUUGAAACCAUGUUCCAGGAGUCGAGCAUCUCUGAUGAGGUGGAAAAGGAGCUGGGCAAGAAAGGGAAGAAGGCAACAUUAGGGCCCAUCCAGAAGGCUCCCGAGCUGCCCACCAAGACCAGAACGCUCCGCAAAAAUAUGGACAACCGGGACGGAGAUAGUCCAGACCCAGCAGAGCCAGAGGCAGCUGUGUCCUCGCCCAUGCUUCCCAGGAAGGAGCGGCCCCUCCUGGACAGCAACCUGAACGAGGACGACCGUCUUCUACCCAAGGACAAGGACAGGACGCGCGGUUUCCUUAGCCUUAUUAAGAAAAAGAAAAAGAAUGCACCGGCUCCGCCCAAACGUAGCUCCUCCUUCAGAGAGAUGGACAUCCACCCCGACCGGAGGGGCGUGACCCCAGAUCCUCGAGACGGCGACGGCUUCAACAACGGCGCAUCUUUGGCCAUCAAUGACGCCGCGCACGGCCUCGACUCAUCCAGGUUCCUGGUUUCUAACAAUAACGGGGCGGGGGGCAUCACCAACGGAGCUCCUACUUACCCGGGACCGUUAUUCCCCAGAAAGAAGGGCAUUCCUGCAGUGCCUGGCCCAGGAGGCAAGGCAGCUACCACACCGCCUAGCGAGGAGGAGUCUAUGUCUAACUCAAAGCGUUUCCUCUGGUCCUCCAGCAUGCCCUCUGGUUCCAACGGCAACGAAUGGAAGUCGGUCACACUGCCGCGAGACUUGGGCCACCGCCACUUUGACUCAGGUACCUUCGGGGGCAAGCCGGCUCUGCCACGCAAGAGAACCGGCGAGCAGAAAGGGGAGAGUGGCCCUCGGAUGGGCACCCUGACGCCCCCUCCGCGUCUGCACACCUCAUCGGAUGUUUCCUCUGCCUUCUUGGGCAAGGACACAGAUCCCAGUCCUGGGUCCAGUCCCCAGGCUUUGACACCGAAGGCGGUCAGGAGACCGGGCCUGCCGGGGCUGGAGAACUCCAAAACCAGCGCUCUGCACGCAGAGCUUCUCAAGCCCAACGUGUUCCCCCCUCUGGGGGCGGCAGGUGAAGAGUGCAGGGCCCGCAGGAACAAGCACCACGUGGACUCCUCAUCUGUCAGGGAAAGAGGAAAGUUACAGAAGCCCAAGCCAGCGCCACCUCCGCCACCCACUAAUUCGAAAACGGGCAAGAUCUCCCGCAGCCCCACUCAAGAACUCCCCUCCCCCACCUCCACCACUUUAGACUUCAAAGCUAAGGGUCUCCCUUCCGUCUUGGAGCCCCACCACACAACCACUGCCAGUGACCAAGCCCGCUCGCCACUCGGCGAAGGCUCCAAGAAGCUGCCUCUGGGCUCCACCUCCAAACCUCAACCGUUGAAGACCUCCGCCUCCGCCACUUCAGUGACCGCCUCCCUCUCCAGCCAGAGUCUCGGCGGCUUCUCCUCCUCCCUCUCCUCCCCAGGGGACCAGAGCUUGCCCACCGCCUUCAUCCCCCUAGUGAACACUCGACGCUCCCUGCGCAAGACCGCGCCCCGCCAGGCCUCGGAGCGCACCCCUAACUCGGCCGUGACACGCGAGAUGGUGCUGGAGGGCACCGAGCUCCUCCGGGCAGCCAUUUGCCGCAACUCGGAGCAGACGGGUAGCCACAGCGCCGUGCUGGAGGCCGGCAAGAACCUGUCCAAGUACUGCAUGAGCUACGUGGACUCCAUCCAACAGAUGAGGAACAAGUUUGCCUUCCGCGAGGCCAUCAACAAGCUCGAGAGUAGCCUGCGCGAGCUGCAAAUCUGCCCCACCGCCACGGGGGGCGGCAAUUCACAGCAGGACUUCAGCAAGUUGCUGUCCUCCGUCAAAGAAAUAAGUGACAUUGUUCAGAGGUAGCGCCCCAAGAGCUUUAAAUAUCGCGACAUAAAAACUGAAUCUUACACCGACCCUUUUGUUUCUGAGCACGUGCAUGAGCUGUGGCUCAUGUCGAGCUUGUGUCGGAGAGCCGAGGGUGAAGCCUGCUGGAGCAGCAGCAGUGUGUAGGUUCACACCACAGUCCACUCUGAGACACUUAUGCCUGUGGUCACUGUGGACAGAAUCAAAGGAAUCUGUCUGCUGACGUCGCCAGACAGAGUUUGCAAUAUUGAAAAAGCCUUAACUAUGAAUGAACUAGUGUCUUUCGGCCGUAACGUGGGGCCAUGAGGGGCGAGGGGGCCACUUUUUUGAUUUCAACAUGACUUUUCACCAAUCAUUUUUGUAAUGAUCAUGUCUUAUGUAUUCAAGUUGUUUUUUGUCCCCCCCCCCCCCUUUCUCAAUGAAACACUAGUAGAAAAAAAAGGCCUGUGAUAUUUGUUUCCAUCACUGUUGGUUGUGAUUAUUUUUUAUUUUAUUUUUUUCCAUUGAUGCUGAUGACAAUGAGCAAAAACAAAACACUUAACACCUCAUUUUUGUUCCGGGAUGCCUUCUAACACUGCGACUACCGAUCGCAUCAUUUCAUCCAUUUUCACCUGUAACAGUUAAGGAGUCUCUGGAAUGUGUUUUAUAACCCGACGCCUCUUUCCCACAGCAUCCCAACAUUUUCCAUCGCUCUCUACCACGUCAACAGUGAUUGGUUGUGUGUGUCCCGAGUUAUGGAGAAAAAAAAUGCCAGUGUUCGUUCUGUGUGGAUGCUUUUUGCAGUAUUCGCAACCGUUUGCCAUAAAAUAGUGAUGGGAGAGAGAGCGAACGAAGGAGGAUGAGCCUUUUUGGUCUUCUCCUCUUGUGCUCCACUGAUCCUUUUGGUAACAGAUUGUGCCUUGACUCUAUAAGCAGAGAGGUUUCAAACUUAAAUGUGGCCGAACUUGUGCCAAUUUGCCAGGAAUUUGCUGUGUUGAUUUGUUUGUAGGAUUAAAUGUUUGCCAUACCAAAAAAAACCAACUGUCUCCAGUCAACUGGAGAGGGACCAGGGUGAUCUACAACUCAGUGGAUCUGACUGUUGUUGUGUUUUGUCAAACCUUUUUUUUUUUUUUUAAAUAGGUUUAAUUCAACUUCCUCUACAUGCCAGUCUCAAAAGCCACCAGUAGCAGCAGCAUGCUGGGGAUCACGGACUGAAAGUGUUUAUUUGACCACUGAAAGGGCCUCUGCUCGAGAGAGAAUCAUUGUUGAUGGGAGAGUUUAUGUCACAUGGUCUAAAUGCUGUUUCAGAGGCCUUUCCACCCCAGCAAAGAAAAAAAAUCUAUCUAUAUACGAUGGGGGAAACACUGGACUGAAAUGUUUCUGGAUCUGUCACUUGUUGUCUCACAAAAACAAUGUGUAAGUGAGAAGAUGACCAUUAUAGACAAAAAAAAAGUCCAAUCCAACAGAUUCCACUGCAACGACAAACGUUCCUUCAUUCUCGUCUGCAUCUCCUGGACAUCGUCAGUAUUUUGUGCUGUAGUCGUCUCGUCCCAUGUGCCCUGUCUGACUGCGUUGCCUAAGGACUCAAGUCACCCACAAGCUGCCUUGACUUCAACAUGGUACUGUCAGUGUUGGCUUGUUCUUUUUGUAUGUGUAAAUUCCUACCCCUUGACCAUACCACUAUUCUUUUUGACUAAGCCUCCUCACCAAUUUUGUAGACAAACUUUGCUUUUCUUUGUAAAUGUUUUUUUUUCCCUGUUUGUUUUCCCCCUCUAGCCUUGGUGCAAUUUUUGUUGCAAUAAAAUACAAAGCAGUUGUGCUACUUGAAAUACA